AUGAGUGACACUAACUCACCAACCUCGCCGCUUCAAGAGGCAGGGGAUGACACGGAAGCCAAUUUGGACCUUUUCCAGAGUGCAGGAGAUUUCAAUGAGGCUACAGGUGAUUAUGGAGGAUCACAACUGCAAGAAGAAUCACAUUUGUUGAGAGGCAUUCAUAGAUUGCAUGAUGAACCAGGUGACUUGCAGGAACAACCCAAACGCAGGAAGUCCGACGGAGUGGUUGAGAAUGCUUGGACAGGUUUGGGACUUGGUUCAUUGCAGGGAGCUCAGCUUGCUUUCUCUGCUACAGUCGAUUCAAUUGCAGAUGAGUGCAACGUGAAACUUGAUGCUUGCAAUAGAUUGGAUUUUCAGAUUGGAGACGCAGUUUUGAAAUUGCAGCGCAAAGAAUCUCUCAAGAUGCCUUGGGAUGAAGUUCCUUCGGAACAGUUUUGGAGACAUGCAAAGCCUGCAGACCUUUUCAAGUUGCCAUUGCUGGGGAGGUUUGACAAACCCACAUUCCAUCCUGUUGCUCAGAUGGUUGAGGGUAAACUCACCCAAUGGGCCAGUGACCGGCCUUUUGCAAGCAAGAGGCUGCUGGCUGCAAAGUUUGCUCAAACUGACGAUGCACUGCUGGCAGGGGCCUUGAGAAAGUUGCGCAACAUACUUUUGCAUCAUCCUUCUGAUUCUCAGUUGGGGCGUGCACUGCUGGACAAAGCUGGGUCCCUCGUCGCUGAAGUUGAUUUGCAAAGAUCUCUACGAGACAGUGUUGCGAGCAAAGCAGUUGGAACAGUUGUGAAGCGUGUCACUGACCACAACAACUAUGCACAAUUUCUAGUUGCAGAAUGCCACAAACGACCAUUGCAACCUGACGAGUCUGAUUUUUACAGGUACCUCUGUCACUUGAAGGGGACUGGAUCGGGCGCCACUUCAGGUGCUAGUCUGCUUCAGGCUUGGUCGUUUUUCAGGUACACAUUUGGCGUUGACGCAGGAGAACAAGGGGCCCUAGUGUCAGGGCGAGUGAAAGGAGUGGUGAACAUGAUGUUCUCUUCCAAGCGCAAGCUGACACAAGCUCCGCCCAUUCCUGCAGACUAUGUGUAUCGUAUGGAGCGUUUCCUGCAAACCAGCCAUGAUGACAGAUUGCGGACCAUUGAGGCUGCAUCUUCAGACUUGACCCUGGUUGAAAUUGGGCUCAGCAAAUACAAGACGGCCACAGGUGAACGGAAGGCCAUAUUGUUGCCACUCAUUGCCUUGGGUUGUGGUCUGGACGAAGUCAGUUGGGCGAUGGCUUGGAGGUAA